GGCAUUUUAAUCACUUUUUAUUAUUGAUGAUUGAUUCUAAUCAUUCUGGUCUGCCAUCUAGUAAACGCCGAUAGAGUCGGCCAUACAGCUGACGUUUCCCAAUUUCUUGCACAUUAAAUAAUGAUAAAUAAUAAAUAUUGUUGUUGAUAAUCUGAUUUCAAUUUGAUUUUUAAUCAUGGAUGAAUUUCGACACAUCCAAAGUCGAUCCGAUAUAUUAAGCACGUUGGAACAUCUUAAUGAAGAAGAACAAAUGAUCCAGCAAGACGUUGAUUUAUUUCUGAAAAAAGAAAACGAAUUGCAAUUAUUAAUGACAUCGUUAAUCAAACACAUGGCUAACAUAUCGUUAAUCGAAAGCGACGCUGAACGUUUAGCCAAUUUGAUAAAUUUCACAUCAGUCAUGGCUGAUAAUGUUAGCUAUAAAAUACGUUCAUUUGAUCUGGUCAAAAAUCGUGUGAGUGAAUGUUUGAAACAAGUAGAAGAUAUUAUCGACCUUCGUUCAUGUACAGAUGGAAUACAAAAAUCAUUGGCCGAUGAAGAUUAUGAGAAAGCUGCUCGCCAUAUCUAUAGAUUUUUGUCUAUGGAUGAAUCUAUGUUGAGAAAAACGGCAUUGGAUGAAAGUCUUAGCGGCAAUAAUGAAAUGCCUGAUACUUGUUCAUUGGAACAAUCUUUUGUGAAAUUGCAUGAAGCGGAACAAAAUCUGAAAUCAAUAGUUAUGAUACGAUUUGAUGAAGCUGUCGCUCAUAAAGAUAGCGCCGGUGUUGAGCGAUUCUUUAAAAUAUUUCCGUUAAUUAAACAGCACAAACAAGGUUUGGAUCAAUUUUCAAAUUAUCUUCGGUCACAGAUUAUUGAAGAAAUCACGAACAAAAAAAUCAAUGCUGCCACAAAAGGUUCUGUUACGUUGGCCAAGCUGUCCAAUCUUUUUGAAACAAUUGCGCAAAAAAUCGAUGUUCAUUAUCCGCUGAUCGAAACUUAUUAUGGUCCCGGGAAUUUAUUUCCGGUUGUCGUAAAAUUGCAAAAAGAGUGUGACGCACAAGUAAAAUCGAUUAUCGAGGAUUACCAAAAUGAAAAAACUUUCACGUCCCUUGUAUCAAACGUGUCACGAGCUUUGAAAAAUUUUUCCACUAACCAGAAUAUGAACAAAUUAGAUCCAAAAGUGGUUGACAAACAUCUAAACGAUAUUAUGUACAUGAUAAAUCGUAACCAAACAUACCUCAAUUUCAUCUCCAACCGUUUGAUUGGCGAUAUAGAAGCUGCCAAGAACAAUGAAAAAGUGGAUCAACGACAUGACGAACUACCUGUUAGAUUUGGCUCUCAAGAUAUUGAUUCUCUUAUUAGGGACUGUACUCUUUCUCGUAUGAUACAUGAUCUAGAUUCCGUUUAUGUUUUGCUUGAAGAAUAUUUCCUAAAAGAAUCUAUACAGAAAGCCAUUCAAUUGGAUGCGAUUGAUAUUGACCAUAAAGAUUUGGAUUCAACAGCAAUUACAUCGAGCAUGCUUGAUGAUAUAUUUUUUAUUAUUAAAAAAUGCCUUAAAAGAGCCAUAUCGUGUGGCUCAGCCAAUGUUAUAAUGGCCAUGAUCAAUCAUUGUAGUAUUGUUUUGGAAACGAUUUUCUAUGAAGUAAUCAAUAACCGUAUCAAAUGUGGCUAUCCGAAUGCGUCAUCAACUUUGGAUCUAGCCAAUGCAUAUAAUGCUCUUCAAGCUGGGCGAUAUCUCCAAUCUUCCAACGAUGUUGAACAGAUGAAAAUAAUGUUCAUAUGUGCAUUGAACAAUCUGGACACGGCUUGUGAAUAUUUAAAUAAACUGAACCAGACCAUAACAGUCGAUGUAACCAACAGCGGUGUAUUGCAAAAGAAUCAAAUUGACCUUUUCGAUAGCUGUCUUUCGAAUUUCAGUUCACUUAGUUCCAAGUUUCAGAUGUUGAUUCAGUCGGGUAUGCAACAAUUAUUCGCAGUCGUAUUCAAAACAAUAGUCAAAUCAAUGAUCGAUUCAUUUAUAUCAACUAGUCAUGAAUUGAAUGAUCAAGAUAUUAUCACCUAUGAAGUCAGUGAAGGUUUACGGCCUUUCAUUCAAACGUUUUUGAUGAAUAUAAAUUCAACAUUAGCGCCAUUCAAAAAACAAUUAACCGAGAAAAAUUUUGACACGCUCUUGACCGUAAUCAGUGCGGAAAUAUCCAAUCGAUUGUAUAAAGCUUUAUUUAAAUGUCUAUUCAAUAAGUUUGGUGGAUUUCAAUUAGAUAGAGAGGUGCGUGCCAUUAUCAAUUUCCUAACCUCAAUUUCGCCGACGACCAUUACUUUACGAGAAUAUUUUUCUAAAUUAAAAUUCAUUGGGGUCAUUUUCACAUUGGAGAAUAUCAAUGAGAUCAAUGAUUACAUACAUUCUGAAGGAAAUUAUAAUGCCUUGAGAGUGAAUCCAAAUGAAUUACAUCAAUUGCUAAGGCUUUAUUCCGAACUAAGUACAAACGAUUUACGAAAAAUUAAAUUAUAAUCUGAAAACUUUUCAUUGAUACAAAAAUAUACUAGCUAUGUAUUGUAUAGUAUACAUUGAAAAAAAUGGGGAAAAAAGUCUAUGUAAGCCACGCAUUUUUUAUACCAAUAUUUCAAUUCGAUUUAACUGUUACUGUACAAAAUUUGCCCUCUUUUCCCGGUAGGAUUUUUUUCAGUGUAUAGUUGAAUUUUACCAAUCUACUAUAUACAAAUAAAAAAGAAAUAAAUUUUA